ACUCCUACAUGAUCUACCCAACGCAGAUUCAAAAUGAAAAACUACAACAUUCACCACCACGAAUCUUCAGCAUCGACUGCCGCAUCUUCACCAACCACCUAGCAGAGACCACUACUCGAGGAAUCUUCUUCAAUCUCUCUUGAUCAUUUCUGCACUUUCUCGUGGUUGAUGCUAUUUUUGGAUGCUCCUCCUGUGAAAUUUUAAUAUUGGAGCUACCCUGCAUCUACUUCUACAACUACUAGGCGUGCCGCGUGCGUAGUUUUUUUAGCAUUUCUUUGGUUUGAUAUUCUUUUUGUUUUUAUUUCUCUUUAUUCUGGUUAGGUUUAGCUGCUCCACCACGACAGAGAUUGAGAUGUCAACUUCAUCUAAUACCUGUGUUUGUGCCUAUCCAGAAUCCUGUUUCUCCCUUGUCCAGAUGAACAAAAUCGACCGAGCUUCUUCCUUCAGUGUGCGAACUACUACUAGCUGCACAACAAGUACUACAAGAACUACAUCAAUCCUCGGAGAACCUACUUGUUCUUGUUGUACUUUUGAUGUAGUUCCAAUGAGGGCUACUAGUGCUAACGAGGCAGAACAAGUUCGAUACUUCCGACAAAGGGGAAACGAGCUAUUCAAGCGUAAGCAGUUCCAAGAUGCGAUUCAUUUUUACACGAAGGCGAUUGAAGUUGUUGAACACCUCCUGCAGCAUAGCAAUAAAACGUUUCCUAGUUGUACGAGUCGUGGCCUCGACGUGCUGCAACAUAUUAGCAAUGAAACGUUUAUUCCUGGUUGUACCAGUGGACUAGACAACCUGGCAAAGCUCUACACCAACCGUGCUGGUGCAUAUGCGGCGUUGAAGUAUUGGAUAGCGGCUGAAAAGGAUGCACGAAAAGCGGUCGAGAUUCGUCCGGAUUUCGUACUCACACUUUGACUUUCAUUUUUUCAUCCUAUUUUUUAAUUUCAUCACUCCCCGCUCUAUAUUAAUAGUAUCUAUAAAAAUAGAGGCGAGAAAAAGUAUAAGUAAUAGCCGCUCUUCUACUGAUUACUUUUACUCGCUGUUUGAUUUGAUUUUAUACUUCUGUUUGGAGUACUAGCAGAGUUUUGCUGUAGAAAUUCUGAGUUUAUACGAGGGCGUAGAGAACAAGGUACGACAUCGACUAGAAAGAUUCGCAUUGUGAAUGGUUCUGGUAUUUGGUAACCUGAUUUUGCUCAUACAUAAGGGAAACAAGAAGAGAAUCCUAGCGAUCCAAUUCAGGUUACCAAAUACCAGGAGGAUACACAUUGUUAGACUAGAAAACGACCAGCAUUGCCGUUGUUCUUCAAGAAGUGCAUUGCAAUUUCAAAAAACAGGUGAAGGGCUAUUACCAUUUGCAGCGAGCCCUUUUGAAGCAGAAAAAAGGGGAGGAGGCUUUGGAGGUUAUAGAAAAGUUGCAGCAGAGCUCCUUUCUACGCAGAAGUAGAGGUGGUCCUAGUGGUGCCUUUGAUCAUGAAGCUGAACAACUCGAGCAGGAGCUAUUGGAGGAAUCCUACAGGGAAGCGAAGCGUCUAUGUAAUAGAUCGAUCGACGACUACGAAAUUGUUGAAGAGAUAGGGACAGGAAAUUAUACGUCCAUUUUCGUUGCGAGGUGGAAGAGGAGUGGGGAAGAGGUAUUUCGUUUUAUUGUUGUAUUUCUAAGGAAGUAGAAGUUGGUACAUAAUCUUCAUAAAAAGAACAAAUCAAUGCAAGAAAUUUAUUCAACUACCUCCUCAACGAUUUUCAAAAAAUAGGUUGCCUUGAAAGUCGCGAACAAGCACCGAAUUUCGCUUAUGAAGAAGACGCACGAGCUACGUCGUGAGCGACACAUUCUAGAGCGGUGCAGACACGAAAACAUCAUCAAGCUGCUAGACUACUUUGUGGACGAGUCCCAGUUAUACAUGGUUCUCGAUUAUUGCAAGGGUGGCGAUCUCCAGAGCAUGUCGAGACUAUGUGGACUUGGAAUUGAUAUGUCAAGGCAUUAUCUGGCACAGGUACAACAGCUACUCGCGCUUGGACUUUCACCUGAUUAUUUUUAAGGAAAAGUUUUCUCGUCGUGAAAGAAGAACCAACAGCCCCAGUAUGAUGAAAAACCAGCGUCUUCAUCUAUCUCCUUCUACAUAUACAGGUUUCUCUGAAGAUAAAGAAAUUGAUUGGAGCUAUGAUCUUCAUCUUCGCUAAACUUCAUCCCCACAACAGCACAACUACACAACUACCACUAGCUAUCACGACACACGACAGGUGCUCGCAGGUUUGUCCUAUUUGCAUAGUAAGCAACGAGCACUAAGACAGGUAGACAAAGACAUGAACAGCUACAAACGAGGUUCCAUGACAUGAGAUGACACACGACCACAGGUGCUCGCAGGUUUGUCCUAUUUGCAUAGUAAGGAGAUCAUGCAUCGCGAUAUCAAAGCCGAAAACAUCUUGGUGUGCCAGGAUACGCAAUUAGUGAAGUUGAUCGACGGCGGUUUCGCCAAGGAUCUUAGGAAUCCACUGUUGGACGACGUUAUUGAUGCGCCAAGGGUGAGCUUUUCGAGUAGGAGCAAGAGUUUUGUGAAUUAUGCGGGGACUCCGCAGUUCAUGGCGCCUGAAUGUACUUUCUCUUUAUUCCUCCUGGGAGUCCGUCGUGUAUUUUUUUUGUUCCUGCUCUGAAAAUGAUUGAAUUUUUAGAAUUUUUGUGAAGAAUAUCAUGUUGAACAUGUAAUUUAUGAUGUCGUGCAUAUGAUCAUGAUGAUCUUUUAUCUUUCAUCAUGCGCAGCAGCAGCACUGCUCUUCCUUUCACACAGUCACCAACAUGAAAUGUUCUCCCCUAUUAAAAAAACAAGUUUGUUGAUAUCCAUAUUUUUCAGUGUCUUUCCUCCUCAUGAUUAACAACUUGUUUUUCUUACUCCUCCCUCCUGCUCCUCAGGCAUUCGCGGCAGCACCUCCUCAGCGUCUAGUUUUGAUUCUGAGUGCUGGAGCUUUGGGUGUCUUGUUUACCAGGUCGUUUUUGGCAUUCCUCCUUUCCAAGCUGGCAGCGAAUAUCUAGUCAUUCUGCGUGUCAUGCACAACGAUUUGGAGUUUCCAAGCGAAGUUUUAUACCCAGAAGUGAACGACCUGGUCCGACGGUGUUUGAAAUGGAAUCGAGAAGAACGAUUUACGAUGACGCAGAUUCGGAAUCACGCCUUUUUCAGUGGUGAGUUUGUUCAAGGGGUAGAAGGAAGUGUGGAGAAUAGAGAUCCAGACGCGAUGGCGUAUUUGAGGAGACAACAACUACGAGCAGGAAGACUUGAAGAUAUUAAGAAGAGGCUGAUGAAGGUGUUCCUGUUACCGUUCGCUUUGCCUCUCUGAAGGAGGAAAGGCAUAACGAACGGGAUAAACGAACACCAAAAACUUGUUAUCUCUAAUGUUGAUAAUUUUCCAGCAAGAAUAAACCGUGAACCACGCCCAGGACGUGGAUCUAUUAUAUCAUCUGCCUGCUCAAGUAGUAGUGCAACCUCCACGUGUAGUUUAUCCCUCAUGUACAACGACUCAAGCCUCCUUUACAACGACCACGACUCAAUGAUAAGAACGACAACGCUUCUAGAAGACGAACAUGAUAGGAGCUUUCCUAGUGCCUCUGGACAACUAGUUGCUUUCUCCCGACAACGAGAACAAGAGGCACAAGAACCACAUGAGAACUUCAAGUACUUCGUAGUUUGCAACAAGAACGACCGCAAGAUUAAUUUUUAAGGUCAACAUUUAGUGUCCAUCUUUCUCGGCAUCUCGGUACUCUUUUCCCUUGAUGUAUUCUCAUGAAAUACAACGCAAAAGGGACCCCAAGAAAAGGAGGGCCGAGAUGCAAUCGAGUCGCAGACUCUAAACUAAGAAUGACAAACGGAACAUCUCAGCUCUUAGCGUAAAGUGUCUGCGCGCAAUCCGUGAGCACCGAGAUGAAAACGAUUUGGACCACAAGGAGAAGAAUCUUAACCUGCUGAAACGGGUACGAGACGAUCUACUACCUGCAUGGAAAGAAAAGCUCCGAGAAAAGAUGAAGACAGUCCAGCUCCUUCAUCGGGACACCGAAAAGGACGCCGAGAAGGACGUCGCCGAGAAGGCGUCGCGUGUUCUUAGCAAUGAAGUGGACAACUACGAGGACAACUACGAAGCGUCCUACUACUGUCACCAGAGACGCACACAUGAGCAUGACGUAGUAGACGUUACUGGUGAAGAUGACAACGACGUCAAACGCACACAUGACGUAGACGUUACUGAAGAUGACAACGACGUGGUGAACAACUACUCUUCCACGACCAUGCUUCUAAGUAAAAACUCCAACUUCUUCUUGACCACGGCAUCAUCCGAAUCCGACGGCCUGUCGAACUUGAUCAACCUCGUCGAAUGUUUCUUGACGGUGUGGCAAUGGACACAAGAAAGUCGUCAAGGGCAGCUUACAGCCAAGUUGAGGGAAUUCUUGGAACUAGAUGCAAAAAAGCAUGAAGACGAGGACCACGGAAGUCGGAACCUCAUGGCAGAGAGAGUAGCGAAAAAGUCACGUAAAAUUAGACGAAAACAGAAACGGUAUAUGCGAGGACAACACGAAAAAGUACAGCACAAAAACAACGAUAGUUCUGCUGUGCCUGUGUUGAAAGAAGAAGUCCGAGAAGGUGUGGAGCUUGUUGACGUUGAUAUCCUUAUCGAUGACGAAGCGAAGAAUGUGGAGCUUUCAGACGAUGUUAAGGAGAUGCUGCAAGACUUGGACUUCUUCGCAGAUGAUGAACCCUCCAGUAGUUGUGUGGACUUUCAUGAUGUUGAUGAGCAGCGCCACCUUUUCAACUACAUGCAUCAAACCGAAAAUUCUGUUUCUGACGAGCUUGAAGAGUUUCCGGCUUCCGAAAACGAUGAGGACGAUGAGCCUUACUCGUCAGAUGAUAUUAAGGCUUCUUGAGAAAUAAAUCAAAAUCCAUCUUCUAGCUACUAGUAGGUACUUUUUUUAUCCGCCAGAGGAGACCCAACAUCUUCCUUCGUCCCGUUUUCAAGAGAAAAUGGGACUCAGGAUGCUGCUGACCAAGAUGGAUUUUUGCAAGGUCUAACGAUGGCGAUUUAAGCAGUGACACAUCAGAUGAAGAAGGGGAAAAAUACAAAGCACAUCAAGUGGCUUGUUCUAGAUAUGGAGAACCCACAAAUGAAAUUGUGGGCUCUAUUGAACGGGAAUUUUGCUGAACUGCAACGUGCUACAAACAUACAUACGCACAUACAUACAGCUACAAACUAGUAUCACUAAGAACAUGACGAAGAGCACACACAACAUAAGCAAAUGAUAUCCACCUCUACCGCCGUUGGCCCUUACCACCAGUUUACCUUUCGCUUCUUACCCCACCUCAAUCCCAUCCUCGCCUACUCCAUCUCAUUUUCUGCAGCAAUUGCCUUCAAAAGAUUCAUAUCAUACUGUAUAGUUUAAUUUUUUUUAGUCAAGAUGAAUGAUUAUAAUGAUUCUUCACGCUUGUUUCCUAUCAAGAACUAGUACUAGUACAUCCACGGCGCUGUCUUCUUCCUCGUCUUAGAGUUAGCAGCUUCUGCUCACAACAGAAAACAGAAAUCUUCAACUGCACAAGUGAAAUCUUGAAGUUUUUUUUUCUGCGUUGGCUCGCUUUCAUGAUGAAAAGAAUAGUAAUUGGUAUUUGGUAACCUCAACAUACUGAUUUUGAUCUUCACAAGGCGGGAAAACAAGAAUUCAGAACCUCGGAGAUCGAAUUCAGGGAUGAACCGAAUACCAGAACAGGGCAUCAUCCCCUUGCCUUUCACGAAAAUGUUGAGGAUGCCUUUUGAAGAGGAUAAUCUUACCUUUCACAAUGCUGAGGAUAAUGCUUGACUCCCUUAUUUCUGUUUCAUCAUGUCUUUCUCGUUGAAGGAACGACCACAUCUUCAAUUGAAUUCUUUCCCAGGUUAUAGAUAAGUACGUAGUUCUAGUCAAUAAUAAUAUCUAUGUCUACGUUGAAGAGGAUCCCCUGGCAUGAGUGGGCCCCUUGAACUUGAACUUGAAACGACAGGAGCUUUUCAAGUUCAUCUCUUAAUAGGGAGAUGCUGGUGUCGAUCCAUCACACAUCACAGAGAUCUGCCUCCUAGCAGUAAUCGUGGUUCUUGGGCUAAUGAGCUGAAGCCUGGGGGUUAGCAGACGCUGGCUUCCUCGCUAAAGCAUCCUUAGCAUCGGGGUUAGGUCCCGAGUCGGCUCGGUUGCACUAUGAAUUUGAAAUUGAAUAUCAGGCGCAACAUAAGAAGUAGUUUUUUAUCUUGCUGCAGUAGAACUAUAACUAAGUAGCUGUAGAACGAAAUAGUAGAUAUAGAGCAAACUUGAUACACACGGAGCAGAAUCACAGGCGAAAGUACUUCUGGUAUUGGCUAUGUAUAAUGUUAGAGAUGAUCAUGUUAGUACUUUUUUUUGACUAUUUGUUGUUUGCAGGGUUUUCGGUUUCUUCGAUGGACUGCUUGUGCGUCCUGAUUUGUUGCUCCACUAGACAUGGUAAAAUGACAAGCCAUUCCGAUCAUUUCGGCGACUCCCUCUUCGAAUGGUUACGAACUGGGAAAUGAAUAGUGAACAAGAAGAAGAUGAACGAGAAGGUAUUGCAGUUACUUUUCAGUAGAACUAGAGGUUGUUCUUUGGUGCUGUACUGUGAAUGUGGUUUUUUUAGUAGGAGAUCCGCGGUUGUUGAUCGUUGAACUCGAUCAUCAACACACAUCGGCGUGCGGACCACCUCCGAACAAACGCAUCAUGUCACCCAAAAAUGGACUGAAAUUUUGGCCUAAUCUUUAGUUCAUAAACUAGAAAAGAACAAGAAGAAGCGAGAGUAGGAUUGAGUGUAGUUUAGCCCUUCGCCAGGCACAUCAAUAUCAAUUUAUCAAUGUAUGUUCACGCAUAUCUAUGUCGCGUGCUCUGAAAUCUCAUACUUUUGCUCUCUCUUGUUGAGUUGUUCUUCAUGCUGUUGCAGCCUGUUGAUACUACUAAAAUGAAUAAGACCAUAGUUUGUGCGUAAUAGCCUGUUGAUACUGCUAAAAUGAAUAAGAUAGUUUGUGCUUUUUAAAGGCCGGUUUUCUGCUAAAAUGAAUACGAUCAUAGUUUAUGCCCGUAACAGCCUGUUGAUACUGCUAAGAUGAAUACUUAAGAUAGUUUGUGCUGUUCUACUCGUCUUCUUGAAGCUACUUGUACCCAAAAGGAUUUGGAAGAAAGUUAUCGACGUCAUGAUUACACGUUCUACGGUGUGACGGUGUGACCGUAGUUGUACGGCUUCAGGUCUAUUGAUGUAAAAAUAUCAGCUGAAUUCUACUUUCGCCAGGCUUUCGCCAGGCUGUCGCACGAAAAAAAAUCUGUUGAGAGUCGAGUGAAACCGAAAUGCAUAAAUGCCACCUACCUACCUGGGUGACUUUUAAGCAUUUUGGUGACCCGCCAGUCGCCUUUUGGAAACUGAUUGGGGUCUAGAGUGUUCCCAACUUCUGUCUUGUGUGAGUCGAGAGACGCGGACUUGUUUACGGACAAAAAGAAAGAGGACGGAAGAAUGGAAAAACUUCAGAUCUUACGCGCAGCUUGAUUUAAAAGGGGGAGAGCGUCCCAUCGCUCUCCCUCGCCGAUCCUUUUAUCUCCCGCCCGCUCUUAGCAGAGAAGUGGCUAGCAGGCAUAAGGCAGCCCCUUGGGUAGGAGUAACCCCUCCGGUUUCUGUUUUUCUUUUUGGGUAUUUUAUGGCGAUUGCGGAAGCGGGAUCCGGUUGAGGAUGGUGCACGCCGCGAAGGAGGGAGCGCGAGGCAGUGAAGAUAAGAAAAACUAGGCUAGUGCACUCCCAACAACGAAAAACAUGCUGUACUUAGGGCCUUACGCCAGUAGGCAUUUAUUUCUAGUUGUUCACUUGUCAGUUGAUUGCGCAUUAGUCAAGAGUUAGCAGGGUUGGCAUCCCCUGCGCUCGUGCCUUGAAGGUAGGCGUAUAAGAGUGGGACGGUUGGCAGCCGGUGGAGGUUUAUAUAAAAGACCCUUAACUCACCUCCUUCACCCCUAGGGUUCAUCAUUUUAGAAUCGGCGGGUUCGUAGGCAAUUAGUGCGCAGUAUUAUAAGGAGGUAACCGGACUCCACCCGCCGCCGGUUUGCGAACCGGAUAAAGCUGAGGCCGCUCCUUCAGUAGCCCCGGGAUCCAAAAAAAAAAGUUCUAGCUGGAGUGGAACCCCCUGAAACUUGAAACGAGAAGCAGUAGACUUCUGAGGACGAUCCAAGUAUCAUGAGCAUCUUAAUUCUUUGACUUUGUACAGCAUGUUAAUCGUGCUCUCAUUUACCUCCGACGUCCUCAGAUCAUAUCGUUUAGUCUCCGCCGUCGUAGUGCUACAUCUACAUCAUCCAAGUACUAGACUUCUACUACUAGAGGCUCCUGGUCCUCCUGCGACAUGAAUAUCCAGCUAUUUUCUGUGACGUCUACAACUCGAAGAUCCACUUGUAUUUCAUAUAUAUACACUUGUUGUAUUUCAUAUACUUAGAUACAGGAUGAUCUCAAGUCCCAGUAGUUUACCUCCCAGUCCCAGUUGUAGAUGGUACCUAGACCUAGGAAGAAGGAGUUGUGAAUCUUUUGACCUAGUAAGUGUGGUCCUCAAUGAUCUUAGUUGUAGUACCUACGGAAGAAGGAGUUGUAGAUACUGCCUAUUUCAUCCAGAGACGCGCAAAACCCAUUGGAAUUGAAACUGUGUCCAGUAUACAAAUUGAUGUUGAUGUUCUUUCAUCUUAACUUUCCCAAUCCAUACAUUUUUACAGCAUAUUUGUUAAUCCUGGCAUUUACCCCCAAAGUGGUCAGAUAUCGUUUAGUCUCGACCGUAGUACUACGUAUUCGUAUAGGAUAACUCCGAAGACGAGGUGGACUAUUAGUAGAGACCACUACUUCUGCACUUUCUUGCAGCUAUCUGUGUCUGUAACGUAAAUUUUCCAAGAAAUUUCACGCAAGAAUUUCAAAAAAUACAGAUGUAAAAUAUUGAAAAACUACAGUAGGCCGCGUUGGAAAACGAGGCAACGCGUGCUAUCUUGUGUCUGUGACGUAAAUUUUCCAAGAAAUUUUGCUCAAGAAUUUCAAGAAAUUCACUCAAGAAUUUCAAAUACAGAUGUAAAAUAUUGAAAAACUACAGUGGGCGUUGAAAAAGGGGGCAACGCCUUUUCAGCUCAACACAGAGCAAUGCAUGUAAGGGGUUCUUCAUACUAGUACUAAAAAACCGAGGUGGCCCAGCAUGAUGUA